AUGUAUGUUCUCUUCAUAUUUAUUUUCUUGUCUACAUUGCCAAAUAUUGAAUCAAGUCAAUGUUCGAAGAACUGUUCAUUUCAAGGUUUACAAUUAAACUCUUCAUUUCCGUCUGAUAUUUGUUCAAUAUCAAAAUCGUAUGAUGAUACUAAGCAGCAAUGUAUAGUUAAAUUGACAAUUGAUUUUACUACGGGUCUUGUCAAUGGAUCAUUUAAUGCUGAAAAUCGGUCGGUUUUAAUCGAUGAUAGACUUACAAUUGAAACUAUUUUUGCAUUGAAUGAUACAUCAGUAAUAGCAAAUAUUCGAUAUCAUUGUUCAGUAUCCGAUUAUUGUGAUAUCGACUUUGUAAGUGAAACCUUAUCAUCAAAUUGGUCUGCAAUACAAGUACAACCUAUUCGUGAAAAACUUGUCUCUCGCCUUUAUAAUCAAAAUAAUACUGAUCCUAUCAAAUGUUUCAGUAAUAAUUCUUGUCUUCAAAAUGAAUCGUUUUGUUUCGUUACAUAUGUUUAUCAGCAAAGCAGUGAAAGUUCAACCGUUACAGGUAGAUGUCAACAUAUAAACAAUUCACUGAAAGUUCAAUGGAUUCAAUUAUAUCAGCCACGUGGAAUAGGAAAAAGUUUGAUCGAAGGUGUUACAUAUUAUUGUAACACCCCAAUCUGUGGAUACAAUACAACUGCCAUUGAGAUUUUUCAGAUGUUAUCACAUGAAUAUAUCUUGCCUAUUAACUUGUCAGUGAUCAAUGUAACAACAACACCCACGCCAACGAAAACGAGUUCUUCAAUUGCCACGUCGAAGAGUACAUUGAUAACAUCAACCACAAUAUCAAAUGAUGCACCAUAUCUAUUCGUAAAUUUCUUCAACACAUUAAUGAGUUCCUUUUUAAUCACAAAAUAUUUUUCAUUAUUAUAA